AGGAAGGGGAGAGGGAUCCAGAGAAGAGGGAGAGAGGGUGGCGAGCAGAGAAUCCUCCCACGCGAUAUUUUAUUCCGAGGCGGCCAUCGCCAGGUCAGGAUGACUUUGCUGGCCUUCCUCCUGUGCCUUGCACUCGCGCUGCGGACACACGCAAGUGAUGGAGGGGAUGCCCAGGACAAAAUCACAGUUUUCACAAAAAUCCUCGAUGGACUCCUCAAAGGAUACGACAACCGUCUGAGACCCGGCCUCGGCGAUGGGGUCACGGAGGUAAAGACGAACGUCUACGUAACGAGUUUCGGACCGGUGUCCGACACGGACAUGGAGUAUACGGUGGACGUAUUCUUCAGACAGACCUGGAAAGAUGAGCGCCUCAAGUUCACCGGCCCCAUGAAAAUGCUGCCCGUGAACAACAUGAUGGCGUCGCGCAUCUGGACGCCCGACACGUUCUUCCACAAUGGCAAGAAGUCGGUGGCUCACAACAUCACGACGCCCAAUAAGCUGGUCCGCAUCAUGGAAGACGGCACACUGCUCUACACCAUGAGGCUCACCGUUCACGCUGAGUGUCCCAUGUCCCUCACCGACUUCCCGAUGGACAUGCACGUGUGCCCACUCAAGUUUGGGAGCUAUGCGUACCCAAUCUCGGAGGUGCGCUACGAGUGGACCAAUGGCAGCAACAACUCGGUGAACGUGGCGUCCGAUGGCUCCCGGCUCAACCAGUACCACCUCUACAAGCAGACGGUCGGCAACGAGACCAAGAGGACGAGCACAGGUGAGUACACGGUCAUGGUCAUCGACUUCCACCUGCAGCGGAAGAUUGGGUACUUUGUGAUCCAGACCUACCUGCCCUGCAUCAUGACAGUCAUUCUGUCGCAGGUGUCAUUUUGGCUCAACCGAGAAUCCGUCCCAGCCAGAACGGUCUUUGGCGUGACGACGGUGCUGACGAUGACGACGCUGAGCAUCAGCGCGCGCUCGUCGCUGCCUAAGGUGGCGUACGCCACGGCCAUGGAUUGGUUCAUCGCCGUGUGUUACGCCUUCGUCUUCUCAGCGCUCAUCGAGUUCGCCACCGUCAACUACUUCACCAAGCGGGCCUGGGCCUGGGAUGGAAAGCACGCGCCGCCUGCUAAGAAGAAGGAGCGGCCCUUGCCGCUGUCCAUGGGACGCAAGCGUCACCACGCCAUGAUGCGUGCCCUGGAGGGGGGAGCUCCCCUCUACCCGCGCACCACUACGCUGGGUCACCAGUCCCGCGGCUCGCACUACCCGCACACCACAGCCCUUGGUGCCGUACUCACGGGCAAGGCGGCUAUGCAGGGGGUCACGGGGGGCUUCUCGUCAGGGGUUUACGGCCCCCCCCACGAGGGCCAGGCCGUGCUCCGAGGCGUGGGCGGUGCGGUACCCCUGCACCUGGGCGGGGGGUGCGUGGCCGCCGAAGGUGGUGCCCACCCCCCCAUGAUGCCGGCGUGCUCGACGCCGCGGCCCCUGCGCACCUACAACAGCGUGAGCCGCAUCGACAAGCUGUCCCGCGUCGUCUUCCCCAUCCUCUUCGCCAUCUUUAACCUCGUCUACUGGGCCACCUACCUCAACCGCAAGAAGCAGCCCGGGUAGGGAGGGUAAAGGGGGCGUACGGAACCCCGCGGCGAGGGGGCGGAGGGACGUAGUGCACGCUGCCACACACGUCACAGAUACAACGUUUAGGGUCAUCCGAGGGAAAAAAUGGAUUUGGAUUGAUAACAAAAAUGACUUUUGGCGGCACAAGAAGUGACAUUACCUCCUGUGAGGCCACUGACAUCCUUUUCCCACGUGACUUUAUUUUUUAUCAUAUGUGAUGUUGCUUAACUUAUGAACAUAUACAAUUGUUUGAACUCAAAUUAUCAUUCUGAUGGAACUUUAUGUUGAAAAUUUGUAUUUAAUUUUAAAUAUUGAAUAUUAUUUUAGAAUAUCUUCAGUGCAUAAACAAUUAGUUAUUUAAACCCGAAAUUACAAAAAAAAUCUGAUACACGAAUAAAUUAAAUCCAAAACUCACCCCUAAUAAUACAUCAAGGGUUGGGAACCUUCUGCUGAGGGCCAGAUAGACAUUUCAAUACCGUUUAGCGGCCGCUCGUUAACACACUCCUUCCCUAAUAACAAUGAGACAAAUAAUACGUGUGUCGCCGAGUCUGAACGUGCUAAAGUGACUGAACAUGCUAAAAUGAUAAACACUGUGUUGCCAAGGCUAAAACAUUCCCCGCUAGUGGCUCAUUAGUUUGGCUAAGAUUCUUGCAUUGACUGAUAAAUAUCGUUUGCUCGUCGUUUCGAAGUGGUGGGCCUCAUGUGACCAUGGCCCAAAUGAAAUGGAGUCGAGGCCCGUGCGUGGCCUGCGGUGCCAUAGGUUCCCCAACUUUGUAUAUGCAUAUGGUAUGUACAGGAUAACUUUAUAAGACCUACCUAGUUUUAACAACCUAGAUUUUGGAAACUAAUGCCCGUAUAUUUACAUCAAAAAGCUGCUGCCAAGCGCAAACAAUAGCAAAAGGAGACAAAUUGGAGGUUGUAUAUUUCUCACAAUGUGUUUCAACUGCCGGACUGCAGUACACACAGCCUCUGCAGUCUGCGUUAGGAGUUAUUAGUUUCCUGCACAGUGCACUGACUGCAAUUUAAAUGUAAUUUAAACUCUGUGCCCGUGGUACACCAUGAGAAAGGGAGUAGAGCCAAGGAUAAAAUGUUUGGAAUCAGAAAAAGGAACGGGAAAGGGAAGAGCUGCUGGGACGGAAGUCCUCAAGACGGACAAAGAUGGGCACGGCUCGAGAUGAGCAGCAGGAAGAAAUAAGGAGCUCUGGGCCAGAAGUGGAGAAGGCAUGACCGAGUCAAGAUUUCAGGAAUGAAAAGGGGAAGGAACAGAGGGAGAGAAAAGACGAAUCAGAAGUGAGCUGCACGGAGUAGCGUCUGUUUUCACAGGGGGCGGUGGAGGGGAGGGAUUCAGUGGGGGUUGCCACACACAAGUCAUGUGGUUUACGGGAGGCUUGAGCUGAUUGAAAUAUUUAGUGGCCGAUCACAGGUGUAGCAAUUGUCAUGUGACAAGACAAAAAAGAAGGCACCCUCCAUUUCCCCCGUUUUUGGCCACUUGGUUAAAGUGACAUCACUUGCCUCUGCCGUGAAUGUCAAAAAGCAGGGGGUGAUCUAAUGUCAAACGUCAGCCGUCAUUUAUGCACUUCUGUUUCUGAAAUGUUAAUAUCUGAGAUGCAUAUGUUCUGUCCGUUUGAGCUUAGCAGCAACUUUUGAACACAAACUUUAAAGCCACGUCUGAAACUAUUCUCUUAUAUUUAUGUUUUAACAAUGCAAAUGUUCAAUUACAUUCAAAUAUUUAUUGGGGUUUUUGUUGUUGUUGGGAAAGUUUUGUUAGCUCGGGUGGGCAGCACUGAAUUUGGUGCAUUCUGAAAUGAUGAGUAUGGCAGAAAGCUCCGUGUGCGCUGUGGUUUUAGUUGCAACCUCAGUGAGUGACGAGCACGAAAAGACAGUGUGGGCGAGAGUCUGGGGAUAGGUAAGAAGGCAACAAUAGAAUACAGGGACGCAGGGACAAGGGAAGGGCAGGGGGAUCACACAAGUGCAGCACAGGGUCUGUGGAGGUGAGGCAUCGUUCGAGAAGACUUUGAGCAAAGUGCGACCAAGUUUAAGGAGACCGGCGGUGUUUGUGAUGCUUAAGCGCUCUGCUAGGCCUCUGACAUUGCGAAACAUUUGGUGAAUUUUCUUAAAUGUGACUACGAAAUUGCGAUCAAUAUGUACACCAAGUUAAAGUGUAGAGGUAACGAAUGAGUGUUAAAAAAACGUGUUUAUUAUACCACAACCUACGUAAUAUUUCACACGGGGCAACAUUAUUCGUUGUAAAGAUACAAUACUUCAAAACGCCAUCGGGACUUUAUGAUCAACCUAUAUUAUACAGGGCACACAAUACGAGAGCUGGAGUGUCCGAUUAUCUAAGUAACCGAUUACUUUACCGAUUAUCGGUUCGAUUAUACGACUAAUCGGAUGACACGAAAAAUAGUUGGGGGGGGGGGUGGGGGAAGUCUCACCUUUGUUCCCCCAUGUGUGACGAUGGACGGGAGGUGUUGGGCGGAGUUUUAUGACAAUUCAGCAUCCUCCUCGUCAUGCUCGGCCAGAGUAAUCAACCACAAAAAAGUAACAGUUCACCCGCAUGGACUUUUCAAUCUCACGAUUUGGCUGUCAAAAUAUGUACCGGGAUCAAAAUACUACGGUUGGAGAAGCAUCUUCUUGGUGAGAUCUUUCCUUUUCCAUAAUUGAUGAGAUACUAAGCCUAAAUGCCAACGGCCACAAUGAAUGUUCACACAAAAGCCACAAUGAAUGUUCACACAAAAGUUGGCGAUUUGAUCGACCAAUUGUCCUAGCAUCAUAGACAUACAUCACACACACACAUCCUGUAUGCUUUGACAUUAUGGUGUGGCCAAGCAGCUGAUGUCAUGGGCCCUGGCCACCCACCCACAGAUGACUACAAUUGGCCAUUGAUGCCUUUAGCAUGGCAGUCAUUGUACUAGCCUGGAACCAGAGGAACCCUGAUGAAGAUUUGCACAGGCGUUGCGUACUGCAGACUGGCAGGUGGAACAUUUAAUGUGUGCGUUUAAUGUAUGAGGGCACAUUCCGCUUUUUUUGUAUACACAUACGUUUUACACAUUCGUACAGAUAUUACACAUGCUGUAACGCAGGAUCAUGGGAGGCUGAUGCUAUCUAUGCUCUCGAGGACAAACGCACACAUCGUCCACAUAUAUACGUGUAUAUGCACACGCGUUACAGAAUAUUUCCAAAAUACUUUCAGACUUGUACAUAAUCCAUGAACAUUCAUAUAUGUACACGUAUACAUCGAUAAAUAUUUACACACAUACGUAAUUCAGUGCGUAGUACCCACUAACAGAGGAGGCGUUGACCAAAUGUAACAUACUGUUGAUAAAACAAUAAAGUGUGGCGCAUGCUUGGAAUUGGACUGACAGAAAGAACAACGCGUGGAUCAGGGAACAAAAUGCAAAUUUUAGAGUCAUGUCGACUGUUAGAGUCAUGUCGACUGUUAAUAUAGAGUAUAUACACGUGCAAAAAAUAGACGUAACACUUGAAUACAAAUAUACCCCCUUGCACCUAUAUCUGUGUAUGAGCACUAUAUCAUAGUAUUCAUAACUUUUUAUAGUUAUACAUUUACAUGAUUUACAUACAAUAGAUACACACGUGUAAUAUGCAGACGGGCCGAAUGCCCCACACAUGCACGUUCAUAGACAUACAUGCAGACACGCGUUAACACUAAGAUCCCCCGUAUAACCUUAACAGACUGUUGGGGCAAGUGCUGUUCGCGAGCAUCGAUGAAGGCCGGCACGGCAUACAAGGGGGUAGGUGGUCAGCACCACGCCCGGCCGCCUUUGUCUGUGGCGAUGUUUUUUCCCUAGUGGCGAUGUUUACACAUCGCAUAUUAUUUGAGGCCGACUCGACCCAGAGGAGGCCCAGAUUAUUGUCACUGGUGUUGGCCGUGAGUGGGAACUGAACUCAGGUCGCUAGGUUUGCAGCGCAGUGCGCUAACCGCUACACUACCGCUCCCCCACAUGCACACGCACUUGCACAGACACAUACAACACCACUGCCACUCCUCGCCAUUAAGUGACGGUGACGUCACCACGGCGCCUGUGCCAGGCCAGGUGCACUUUGAGGCCGCCACGUGAAGUGCCGAAGGCUCGCUGCUGAUUGGUCACGGGACAGACCCAGCAGGUGCCAUGGGUUGGAUGACUGAGAUAACCGGUAGAUGCACCCAGCUGUACCCCCUACUGUGCCAACUUGCUUUUUAGCCGCCUGGCGCUCUGCUCGUUGUUGUGAGCGUCGCUCCGCUGUUCUCCAUUGCCGCCUCCAACUGCCCAGUAGCGUCCUUCACGAGCCUCCUCAAUAGAGGCCGAUCUUUAUACCGCUGGUACCGGUCAUCGGCAAUUCCACUCAGCUCCACAUCCUCCCAUCCCGCAUCAGUCCAUCUCAUCUCCAGCCCGUGUCGUGCCCGUUUAACCCCCUCUAUGCGGCCAAACAGAAGCUGCUUGGGCAUGCAGUGGCUGGGCAUGCGGGAUACAUGACCCAGCCAACGCACCCUUGCCUGCCGGAGGAGCUCACUUAUGGGAAUGUGUCCAGAUCUGUCAAGAACUUGUGAGCUCCUCACACAAUUCAGUCUAGUUAAACCCAGGAUGGAUCGAAGGCAGGCCAGCCUGAAUAUUUCUAACCUGCGCAGAUGUUUCAUUAGAGGGGUCUACGUGUCACAAGCAUAGAGAAGGGAGGGUAUGACUUUGGCCGAGAAGACCCAAAGCUUAAUGUGAAGCAAAAGACCAGGUAGCUUCCACACAGCAUUACACAGCUAAUGAAAAGAUGCCGCCCAACGGAUUCGGAGUGAGACCUCUGCUGUCAAACCCGAGCUGGUCAUAAACACACUGUCCAGGCAUGGGAAACUCUCCACUCCAUCAAAAUCUGCUGCAUCAUCAAUGGGGAGUUGAAGGGGUGGUGGAAUGUUUGAUGGCACAAAAUACCCAGGCAGGUGCUUAGUUUUGGCGGGGCUGAUGGUAAGACCCCACCUCUUAGCAGCAGCACCUCCAACUCUUUGUCUGAGUGAGCAGCAAUCACCAGAUCAUCGGCAAACAGAACAUAGAUGACUAAUAGGGAGCAAUCCCUCGACCGCACUUGGGCAUCGAUCAGUCUCCCAUUGUAUUUGUACCAGAAUUCCUCCGGUAGUCAUGGAAAGUUUCUCGAACUACGUGGUCAAAGAUGAUGUGAAAUGUGGGAGCCAGAGGACAUCCCUGUCGCACCCCAAGGUGAACAGGGAAUGGCUGUGACGCCUGCCCACCAUCCUGACGGCCCUUAAUGAUUGUGAGCAGAUAGUCAGGAACUCCAAAAGCACACAAAACAGCCCAGGGUCCUGGCCUGUUGAUGGUAUCAAAGGUCUUGACCAGGUCAAUAAAGAGAUGUAGUCUUGUUCAAAUAUAUACACACACACACAUACACGUGCGUAUCUGUAGGAAGCAGGGGACCCGAGUGUGACGACUUUAGUUAGGUGUGGGAGACCUUGAUUGGGGUUGGGAUAUACAGAUAGGUGUAUAACGCCUGGGGUUAGGUGUGGCAGACCUUCCACACCCACUGCUAGGGAGUGCAUUAGAUGUGCGAGACCUGGGUGUGUGGCAUGGGGGCAUGGGUUAGGUGUUGGAGACCUGGAUUAGGUGUGGGACACUUAGGUUAGGGGUGAAAGACCUAAGGUUGAUUUUGGGGCGGGGGGGACCAUCUAUGGCGUUGGGACGACACCCCAGUUCCCAGUUCGGUGCGGCGGACCGUUGGCUGUCAGGAAGCUGGAAUUUGUAUAGCCUGGAUAUUGUCUGCAUCACUCCUGGCUACAUCAAUGUCUACUACACUAACAAUCUGAACUGAAAUCUCGAAAAAAUACAUCUCAUUGUGAACUACUUCGUAUAAACUCCCAAUCUUAAUAUGCACGACCAUCUCAGUCCAAGUGACAAAAUCUCAAGCUGAAUCACAACACCACAAUAACCUCAGUUGCAUCUCCCACCUCCACUGCACCCUCAAUCACAUUUACUACUGUUGUUAUUCUUGAAAAUUGCGUUGGUAUUAAUAGUCAUAAAAGUAUUACUUAAAUAGUCGUAUCCGUGACAAAAAAAAUAUAAGUUAAGUUUGCAACUGAAAAUACGCCAUAGUGUGCGAGGCUGUGUGCGUGCGACUGUGUGGCAUAGUUGAUUGAAAUUGUGUGCGCGCGCGAGCGUGAUUGUGCGUGUGACCACGUGUGCAAAUCCACACGCAAUUGCGCGUGUGCCAAGACUGUGUGCGACCGAGCGCGUGUGCGAAUGUCUUUGGGUACAGGGUGGCCCAAAAGUAAAUUUGCCGGCAAGAGUGCGUCCCUAUGUACGGAGAACUUAUUUUGCACCGUAUAUAGCCAACCGUGCUCUCGGUAAACUUUCGGGUCACCCUAUAUUGUGCAACCAUGCUUGCAUGAUGCGACUGUGCGUUUGUGCGCGUGCGCACGACCGUGCAUUUUCCUGCAUGAAAAGCACGUGCCGAACGGGCUACCAUCAACUCCUCUGUCAAUUUGUCAUCGUGUUGAAUGCUGUCGGAAUAAACGACAUGGAUUAACAAUAAA